AUGGUGAUGCCCAACAGUUUUAGGGAAAUUGCAAAAUUAGAAACGGAGAAACUCCGUCAGACGCUGGUAGCCAGCGGAAACACCGGUAACAGUACUUUAGAGGCACAUAUGAAUCUUGCUGAGGCAGAAAUGCAGGCAUUAUCAAAGCAACAAAACUUUCUUGAGCGUAUGGUGUCAUUAUCAGAUGAGGAACGCCAUGCAGCAGCUGUUCAGAGACGACAAACUGCUUUAAAUCGUCGUGAAAUGUUGCUUAACCAACUUCAACAAUUUCGUUGUAGUGAAGGUGGUAGUAGUGGUAUUAAAAAUGGUGAAAAUAUUGAUGUGUCCACAUUAAUUCCUGUGAGUGAUUGUAUAAGGCGGUGGGCUGCGGUUUACAGUCAGUUGGCAUUACAACGAGAGCGACUAUCGCAUGUGCUAUCAUGUUCUCCAUCUAUGCUUCAAGAUACUGUUGUGUUUGAAAUAUGUAACUCAUGGGCUCCUUUUAAUACAGCUAUGAAUCAUUCUAUUUCCAUUUUAGAAAAGGUGGAACGUACAGGAAGUGUAAUGUUAUCUACUCGUGUAUUACGUGGACAAUAUGAACAAGUGGUAAAAAUGCAGUUGCAAGCUAUUUCACUUCUUAAUCGUGAACGUCAUCGUCGACAUUUAUUAUGUGAAAAUACUGCAGAUCUUUUUAAAGAUCAGCAAAAGUUGCUUGUGUGGUGUCGGGAACAGCAGGAAACACUUGAGAAACUGGAAGUACUGACAGAUAUACGUGAAUUUUGUGCGUCUUUUGUCUCUAAUGUGGCGGUGAUGGAUACGAAUUUCCUUGUGUUGCUUGAACGUAGCGAAACAUUGAUGGACAACAGUGCGGUACGUGAGGCGUUGGUUGAAGUGAAUCGCGCGUGGAUGCAACUCGCUGUUGCCGCGUAUGAGAAGAUGUGCCGUGGUGUACGUGAGGAUCAUGUGCGGUCUGGUGUAGAGGUGGCCUGCGGAUGGUGGCUGAAUACAUUUGAACCACAUUUACGGCGAGUACUUGUAGAGGCACGUGAUAUUUCAAACCAUCCAGACAUGUCGCAUGAGCCACUGUUGGUGGCAAUUCGCGAACGCAGUGGAAUGUUACUACGUGGAUUGAGUGGCCCCCGCACGAUUGUACGGCACAUCUCAGACUUCACUGUACGCAUGGGGUGUAUGGCCCCGCAUGAGAAGGCCCUGCGGGAGGUGUUGUUGGCCCGCUUCUCACUGCUGGCGCAGACGUUGAUUGGGGAUGCGAAGUACCCUGGGCAGCGGGAGUACAUGGAUCGGCUCUGUGAGUUGUCCGAGUGGCUGGAUGCCCAUGCGGCCAGCGGGGCUUAUAUGCAACUGCUGCAGCGGGUGGAUUAUUUGCGGGAUUUGGCAAGAGAGCAGCUGAAUUUACUUCAACGUGAAACGGAUUCAGCCUCACUACAAUUACUGGCGUGA